AUCGAACGACAGUCGAACAACUACAGCAUGAAACGCAAUGAACAUUGCUGCAUCUCCUAGGAUGCAUGUUUGGAGACGGUUCUCACAUAAAUCUAUACGAACCACGCUGUAUCGCCAACGAUUGAGCCUGCCAGGACAAUCAUUAACACGAUGUUUUCACCAUCACCAUAGACUGGGUUCAGAAGUGUCUGGAGAGGGAUCAACGAAGAUAAAUGUAGCUGACGCCCCAUUCUGGAAGGAGUUUAGAGGAUGCUAUCAUAACCCUCUGCCGAACUUUAAAUUCUCAAAGCAGUCGCCCAUGCCCCUCUCGUGGAUGGGCAAUAGCGUGGUUGCUGUCGGGUUUCUUCAAAAAAUAGCAAAUCUGGGAGAGGCAUUGGUGUUCGCCCAUUUGCAAGGACCAGGAACAUCAGACACGGUACAAUUGGUGUGCCAAGAUGCAAAAUUGUGCAAGGAGCUGAGCAGCAUUCGAUUAGGCAGUCCCAUAAAUAUCACCGGCAAUUUGGCAUUGAAACGGGCACCAAAGAGAGAAAAGACUGGGCUCGAGAAGACACCAGAUGGAUUUGCUUCUCUUCACCAAAUAGAGAUCAAUCUUACUCGAGUCAUACGUUUAAAUACCUUUCCAGCCGAUCUCCACCAUGGUGCAGACCACGUUUUUUCUCCUCAAGACCGACAUCUCCAGAUUCGGUACGACUCUGAACUCAAGGAGCGGUUGUUGUUUCGUUCCGAGGUAGCAAAAUAUGUAAGACAAGAGCUGCAUCAGUUUCAGGAAAUUGAAACCCCUAUUCUCUUCAAGUCGACGCCUGAAGGCGCGAAGGAGUUCCUAGUUCCAACAAGGAGACAUGGCUAUGCCUAUGCACUUCCUCAGAGCCCGCAACAAUACAAACAAAUUCUAAUGUCGAGUGGUGUAUCUCGAUAUUUUCAAUUUGCAAAAUGCUUCCGAGAUGAGGAUCUUAGGGCAGACAGACAGCCCGAAUUCACCCAGAUAGAUCUCGAGAUGGCCUUUACAGAUGGAAUGGGUGUGAUGAGAAGAGUUGAGCAGCUCAUUAAGAAUAUCUACAAAAAAUUUGCAAGGCCUGGUACACACCUGAGGUCCCCCUUGCCGCAGGCUCCCUUCCACCGUAUCACAUAUGAAAAAGCCAUGUCCAAAUAUGGUUCAGACAAGCCGGAUCUUCGACUCAAAGGAUUGAUACACCGCAUUGAUCAAGCUGUUAACCCUGAGUUACAUGGGAUGAUUACCUCGAUCAAAAAUCCAAAGUUUGAAGCAUUCAAAAUUAGACUAGGUACUUCUCCAUCAGGGGUUCAAAAAUUCAUCAGUGCUUUCAUGGACUCACCAGACGCGGAAAUAUUUCGUUCGAAUCCCGAUGGAGCACCAGGUAUCUGCGUCUACGACCCUAGCAAGCCUUUGGAAGGUUUGUUGCCUUUUGGAUUCGAGGGUGCCCAGAAGUUGAAAGAACUAUUUUCCGAGAUCUCUCAGCAACCAUGGGAGAAUGAAGAAACACAUGAAGCAAAUCGUACCUUCGACACAGGGGAUCUUCUGGUCUUCCAAGCCCGUCCAGGACUACCACAUUCAGGUGGCUCUACAUUCAUGGGAAAACUUCGACUUGCCAUCGAGAAAGCUUCCCUUGCUGAGGGACUCAUUGAGCAAGACUUGAAUCACUUGUAUCUUUGGGUGACAGACUUUCCCAUGUUCACCCUCGAAAACGGCAGCGAUCCUGGGCAAGGAGGUAAAGCAGGGUUCUCAGCCACGCACCAUCCGUUCACUGCCCCAAAAACAGCCAAAGACGUCGAUUUGUUACUAUGGAAACCUCUCGAAGCAAAAGCCGACCAUUACGAUCUCGUUGUUAAUGGUGUUGAGUUGGGCGGGGGCAGCCGACGUAUCCAUAACGCUGAGAUGCAGGAGUUUAUCAUGCGCGAUAUUCUCAAGAUGAGUGAAGAACGCAUCAACGACUUUGCACAUCUCAUCGAGGCUCUGCGUGCAGGAUGUCCUCCUCAUGCAGGUUUAGCCAUAGGAUUCGAUCGACUGAUUGCGGUCAUGACUGGCCGGGAAUCAGUCAAGGAUGUGAUUGCAUUCCCCAAAAGCUCUAAAGGCGAGGACAUGAUGGUCAAAAGUCCUGCAGUGAUUAGACCCGAAGAAUUGAAGCGAUAUGGUUUAGAACUGAGGGAUGCCUCUACUGAAACCCUGUGAACGACAAGGUUGAGUAUUUACAGACGUAUUGUUGUAUGAAUAGUGUUAGAGAUGAAAGGUGUAUAACAUUUGUAUGUAUUGCAUGUCAGAGGCGUCCUGGAUGAUCUGACUUGGUGGGACAUACCCCUCUCCGUUUUGUCAUGUUGGGGUCUGUACAUUCGAAGGAGUAUAUAGAAAGGACACAUUCAUGUAUAGAAUAUCAUGAGAUUAUGGCAAUACAUGUCACACUCAG